AGCACCGCAGCCAGCAGCGCUGCACGAGGUGACGCCCUCCUCCGAGUGCUCCGAGAUCUGCCUCUGCUGCAACCGGCGACGGGUGCGCGACGCGGGAAGAACCGGGAAGAACGCAACAUGCUUCGCCUUCUGUGCGUCCUGGCGGCGGCGCUCGCCCUCGCUUCUGGCAGGGCGGCGGUGCGGCGCCCCAUCAGCGGCAUCGGCCGCAUCGUCGGCGGCGAGACGGCGGACAUUCGGGAGUUCCCCUACCAGCUGAGCUUCCGGAACUACGGUAGCCACUUCUGCGGGGCCUCCAUCAUCAGCCAGUCCUUCGCGCUGACGGCCGGCCACUGUGCCGAGGCAGGCGUGACCCCCAAGUCGGGGGCCAUCUCGGCGGGCUCGGCGUCGCUUUCCACGGGCGAGUCGUACAACAUCGUGCGCAUCACGUCCCACCCGCGCUACGACGCCAUGACCAUCGACUUCGACGCCGGCGUCGUGGAGAUCGAGGGCGUCUUCCGGCUGGGCGACACGCAGCGCAUCGUGCCGCUGCCCCCCGCCAACCAGCUGGAGCCCGACGGCAACCUGGUGACCGCGUCCGGCUGGGGGGUGUCCAAGGAGAACGACUUCGACCUGGAGCAGGACCUGCAGGCCGUGCGGCUGCACGUGGUGAGCCAGGAGGCGUGCGGCGACGCGUACGGCGACUACGGCGGCAUCUCGGCGCGCAUGUUGUGCGCCAGCGACGUGGGCAAGGACUCGUGCCAGGGCGACUCCGGCGGCCCGCUCGUCAGCACGGCCGGCAAGCAGAUCGGCAUCGUGUCCUGGGGGCUGGGCUGCGCGCGCAAGGGCUUCCCCGGCGUCUACACCCGCGUCGCCGACAAGGACGUACGCUCCUUCAUCACCGCCGUCGCUGGAGUUUGACCUGUUCAGUUCAACUUGCAGCCCCAUCCCUCGCUCACCUCAUCCUCCCUCAUGGCAUUUGCUGUCGUUCAUGGUUUACGUUUUCACGAUCGUCACACUUUUUUUUGCGUUGGCUUGUCAGCCUGGUUUGCUGGUUAGGUUUGUUACCCUGUAAAUAUGAGAGUAAAUAUAGUUUUGUACAAUAAAGACUAACACCCAUU